GCCUCAUCCCCAGGCGUGAGGGCUCCGGCCGGCUCGCCGCCGCCAGCGUAGGACAGUCCCGGCACCGAACGGGGCUGGGCACGGCGGAGGGGUGACCCGGGGGGCCGUGGGACGAGUUCCAGUUCCUCCGGCAUCGCGUGUCCGGGAGGGGAUUCUUGAGAAGACGUUUUAUAUAUUCUUUUUUUUUCCGGUGUUGGAACCCCUGCCCAGGCUCCUGUGGCAGCCUGGCGAGGUGGGGCUUGUUCCUCUUCUAGGGCUCGUUGUUUUUCCAUUGAAAUCUCCCCCUUCCAUUGGAGAGGAAAUCGUCGCUUUUCUAUAGAUAGAUUUUUUCAUCCCUUCCACGAAACCCUAUUUUCUUCAGCAUCCAUCUGCGGUGAAGCUUUGGAGCAACAACCGGGAUCAGUGAGGCUCAUGAUGUGGACCUUUCUGGGUAUCGCCUCCUUCAUUUACGUGUAUAAAAAGUGUGGGGACCUCAUGACUUACGCUAAUAAGGAGGUGUUGCUCUCCGUACUGGUGUUUUUCUCGCUCGGCUUGGUGCUGUCCUACAGGUACCACUUCAGGGGCCCGAGGCAGCAGCAAAAGCAGAAGUCACACCUGGGGGUGCUCUCUGAUGUGCUCUCCGCUUUGCCGCUGGUUGGAUUCUUCUGGGCCAAACCCACCUCGGGAUCUCAACAAGUCGAACAACCCAAAUCCAGAAAGGGUAAAAGAGAAGUGAACUUCUCAGAUGUAUACCUGACUGAGACCGCUCCAAAUGCAGCAUUGUCACCCCAAUAUGAUCCAGAAAUUAUCAUUGUGGGAUCAGGUGUCCUUGGUUCUUCCUUGGCGACAGUGCUUUCAAGAGAUGGAAGGAAGGUGACUGUGAUAGAGAGGGAUCUGAAAGAACCUGACAGGAUAGUUGGAGAAUUGCUGCAACCUGGAGGAUUUAAUGCUCUUCGAGACUUGGGUCUUGAAGAUACGGUAGAAGGUAUUGAUUCACAAAUAGUAAAUGGUUACAUAAUUCAUGACAUAGAGAGCAAGUUGGAGGUUGAGAUUCCUUAUCCAACAUCUGAAGAUGGAUGCGUGGCCAGUGGAAGAUCUUUUCAUCAUGGCCAGUUUAUCAUGGGUCUCCGAAGGGCAGCUAUGGCAGAGCCCAAUGCAAAAUUCAUUGAAGGGACUGUGUUACAGUUACUCGAGGAAGAUGACUGCGUUGUGGGUGUUCAGUACAAGGACAAAGAAACUGGAGACACUAAGGAACUUCAUGCUCCACUUACAGUUGUAGCUGAUGGACUUUUCUCCAAAUUCAGGAAAAACUUGAUAUCCAACAAAGUUACUGUUUCAUCUCAUUUUGUUGGUUGCAUUCUGAAGGAUGCAUCACAGUUUAAAGCUAAUUAUGCUGAACUUGUUUUAGCUAAAACGAGUCCAGUGCUAAUCUAUAAGAUUUCUUCAACUGAAACUCGGGUCCUUGUUGACAUUCGAGGGGAAAUGCCAAAAAAUUUAAAAGAGUACAUGAUUGAGACCAUUCAUCCACAACUACCUGAUCACUUAAAGGAACCAUUCUUAAUAGCAGUUCAGAAUGAUCGUUUAAGGACUAUGCCAGCCAGCUUCUUGCCUCCUUCAGCUGUAAACAAGAAAGGUGUUCUUCUUUUAGGAGAUGCAUAUAAUAUAAGACACCCUCUAACUGGUGGAGGAAUGAGUGUUAUUUUAAAUGAUGUUAAAAUAUGGAGAAAUUUGCUCCAGGAUAUCCCAGACCUUUAUGAAGAUUCUGAUGUUCUUAAGGCAAAAAGAACAUUUUACUGGUCAAGAAAAAAAUCUCAUUCCUUUGUAGUGAAUGUUCUUGCUCAGGCACUUUAUGAACUCUUUGCUGCCACAGAUGAUUCCUUGCAUCAGCUAAAGAAAGCCUGUUUCCAUUACUUCAGACUUGGAGGAGAAUGUGUCUCAGGUCCCGUUGGAUUGCUCUCAGUGUUGUCUCCUAAACCAAUGGUACUGAUUGGCCACUUCUUUGCUGUGGCCUUGUAUGCUGUUUAUUUUUGCUUUAAGUCAGAGUCCUGGAUCACCACCCCUCGAGCAAUUUUCAGUAGUGGAGCUAUUCUUUACCGGAGCUGCUCUAUAAUAUUUCCACUUAUUUACUCUGAAAUGAAGUAUUUAGUCUAUUAAAAUCCAGGGGAGAAUGACUGGAGGAAGAAAGCAUGAAAAUCACAAUGCCUUCAAAAUCUUUGGACAUGUACUAUUUAAUAUUGUAUUAUGGUCUCCUCAAAAUGCAAUUUCCUUGAUAAGGUUUUAACUUAAUUUUGGUUUUGUGGUUAUAUACAUAUAUAUUAUAUGUAAAUAUUCUUUUCUUUGCAAUUUAAGUUCAAAAAGGAGUUAGCUGUUUACAAGGACCAUAAUUAAGUGUUGACAUGGUAGAUAAUUGCCAGUUUUGACAGAAUUUCUUUCCUUGCUUUAUGUGUUGCUGAGUGCACCACUAAUAUUAAUAAACUGAGAAGUGAAAACUGUAAA